AUGAAGCUGACGUGGGCAACAUCCCUUCUCCUGCUCUCGACCAGGGUCACCUCCUUGACAAUCCCUUCAACUGAUCUCCUUGAGCGCCUGGACUCGGUAGAUACCACCCAAGAUAUCUCCGAGUUUGUGGAUCUCGAGAAACGACGCGGCGGAGGUGGCAGCCGUGGUGGAGGCUCUAGCGGAGGUAGCAGUGGUGGCCGUUCCGGCAGCUCGUCUGGCAGCUCUUCGGGUAGUUCAAGUGGCAGCAGUGGCAGCAGCGGUUCCAGUGGUUCCAGCGGUAGCUCCAGUAGUCGAAGUGGCUCGUCUAGCAACGUUGGCGGCACAACGUCCUCUGGUUCCGGCACUCGGGCUUCCUACGGCGGAGGCAGCUACUAUGCCGGCGGUGCCACAACUCCUUACCGAUCUGGCUCACGCUCCGCUGGCGGCAUUGCCCCCUACGUCCUCGGCGGUGCAGCCCUAGGCUUCUUCCCGGGCCUCUGGCUAUACAGCGCCUACGCCUACCCCUACAGCCACAACUAUCACUACAUGAACCAGAACACUCACAAGAACGAGUCUCUGCCGGUCGUCUGUGUGUGCCAGGAGUACUCGGAGUGUGGAUGCGACAACAACAACAAUAGCACCUACUACGAGUCGCUCUUCAACGGCACCGUGCCCAAGAACUCCAGUGUUGUGCGUGUGGUGAAGGUGAACGGCACCGAGACCAUCUAUAUCAACGGCACUCUGCCCAACGGCACCACCAAGGCCGAUAGCAGUUUGAACACCUCGGCCGCUAGCCCUAUGAUGACGACCCUGCUGCAUGCCAGCGGAUAUUGGGUGACUGUGGCUCUGGUUGUGACGGCUGUAUGGUCCUUCUAA